UGCAGCACACCCUGACCCCGACCCCGCCGCCGAUCCCCGAGGGCGGUUACGGUGCUGGUGUUUUGGCGGGAAGCAUGACGCUGGAGAAGCUCCGGUCCGUAGUUCGAGAUUGCCUCGGGAAACACCUCUACUCCUCGGGAAUCUUCUUUGCGGACAAACUUGUCACCAUGUCCGACAGCGCUCCUGCCGAUGUAUUCCUCCUCUCGCAGGCUUAUUAUCUCGGAAAGCAUUACCGAAGGGCUCUCCAUCUGCUGCGUCAAGAACACCUUUUGGCGGCGGAUGCGAGGUUUCGGUAUCUCGCUGCCAAAUGCCUGGAAGAAGUGAAGGAGUGGGACGAGUGUCUUGCUUUGCUAGGAGAUGGUGAAUUUGAUGAGGAUGGCAAUGCUGACGUCAUCGAAAUGGACUCUGCCGAGGGAGAGAUGUUGGACAUGCCCGGGGAUGGCAGAGAGAUCAAUAUUGCUGCAGCUAUUUGUCUGCUCAGGGGAAGAGCUUACGAGGCAUUGGAGAAUAGGACGCGUGCAGCACUGUGGUACAAAGCAUCACUGAAGGCAGAUCCUUAUUGCUAUGAGGUUUGUACUUAGCAGUAAAAAGACAUGUUGAGGGCUCAAUCAAACUUGAAGUUUUCA